AAGCAGGAGAGCUCCACAGGACCCGAGUCUAGGGAAGGGAGUUACGCGUGUGUGUGUGUGUGCGCCCCCUGCAGGUUCGGCACCUUCGAGCUGGUCAGUAACCCCAUGCGCGAUGCGGCGGGGCGGCUGGACAGCUCACGCAGCCUGCUGUGCGGGCUGGCGGCAGGGGUGGCCGAGGCCGUGCUGGUCGUGUGCCCCAUGGAGACCAUCAAGGUGAAGUUCAUCCACGACCAGUGCUCCUCCAGACCGCGCUACAGGGGGUUCUUCCACGGGAUCCGGGAGAUCAUCCGGGACCAGGGACUCCGGGGGACCUACCAGGGACUGACGGCCACGGUGCUCAAACAGGGGUCCAACCAGGCCAUCCGCUUCUACGUCAUGACCUCACUGCGCAACUGGUACAAAGGCGAUGACCCCUGCCGGGAGAUGCACCCCCUAGUGACGGCGGUGUUUGGGGCCGCGGCGGGAGCGGCCAGCGUCUUGGGAAACACGCCCCUGGACGUGGUGAAGACGCGGAUGCAGGGCUUGGAGGCUCACCGCUACAGGAGCACAGUGGACUGCGCCUACCAGAUCCUUCGCAACGAGGGGCCGCAGGCGUUCUACAAGGGCACGGUGCCGCGUCUGGGCCGCGUCUGCCUCGACGUGGCCAUCGUCUUCGUCAUCUACGAGGAGGUGGUGAAGCUGCUGAACGGCGUCUGGAAGACGGACUGAGGAGCCCAGCCCGCCAGCACCCCCUGCUGGACGCGGACAACAUUGCCACCACCGUCAUCGGCAGUUUCCUCCGAAAGCAUCGCUUCAAAGUCUCUCACCGUCUCAGAUUGAAUUGGUUAUGUUGCGUUGCAGUUCCAGGGCCUGACACCUGCUACAGGCUCCUGCACCAGUGCUGGGUUUGAAUAGCGGUGGAUAUACUGUGCUGGUGGAGACUGGAGGAAGUAGUCAGUUCAUAUUGGUAACCCAGUAGGGGGCGCUCUCCUGUUGGAAACAGGUAAAAAGCGCCGUUGUUGUGGUCUGUAGAAAUCUGCUUUGACACUUGUAGAAGCCGUGCUCAUUAAACGCUCCACUGUCUCAGACUGGGAGCUGCUGGGUGCAGAAAUACUUUUGACUGGUUUCUCUGGCUCCUGCACGUCUUGCCUUAAACACAGCUGUCCCGAGUCCAUUUCUGUGCUUUUUCAAGACUCUCUGCUGUUCCCCCCUGUUCUUGAGACGUUCGUUCAGGCCCGUCAGGAGUGGGGCUCCCCUACUGCAGACAUGGGGGUGCAGGAGAGCUCUGAGCUGUGCCACCCUGUGCCCACUCCUACAUCUCUGUGCCAAGGCCUUGUUGAGCUUGUUGACCCAGCCUGCUGUCGGACUGUGUCUGUUCUGCUAACACUGCGUUACAAAUUCAAAAUAAACUGAGCUGUUGUUUUAAA